AUGGCGGAAACCGCACUGUUCGCCAUCGCCGGGACGGUCCUCGAGCAGCUCGGCUCCAAAGUCCUCCAGGAAGCUGCACUCUUGUGGGGAUUAGGAGACGACAUCAAGAAACUAACCUGCACCCUUUCCUCCAUCCAAGCUGUACUCCUGGAUGCAGAGGAGCAGUCCCACUCCCCCCAAAGCCACCAGCUUCGGCUCUGGCUAAAGGAGCUGCGACAAGUCGUUUAUGAUGCUGAAGACUUGCUGGAUGAUUUCUCAAUUGAGGUGCGGCGGCGCCAGGGGAAGACUACUACUGCCAGUGAGAAUAUCUCCAAAGAGGUACAAAGCUUCUUUUCGAGCUCGAACCAAGUUGCGUACAGUUUGAAAAUCGCCCAUGGGAUUCAAGACAUUAGAGCUAAGCUAGAUGAGAUUGCCGAGAGGCGAGACAUGUUUCAUUUGGAAGUGCGUCCUGUUGAGUCCAUGGCUAGGAAGUUGAGAGAGCAGACCGACUCCGAUGUCCCGGAAAUGGUUGUCGGGAGAAAGAAUGACAAGAAGAGAGUGCUGAAGCAACUUUUGUUGCAGCUGCCUUCCUGUGAGGACAUAGUUUCAGUGGUCUCCAUUGUUGGGAUUGGAGGAUUAGGCAAAACUACUUUUGCUCAACUCUUGUACAAUGACAAGAGGGUUGAGUCUCAAUUCAAGGUCAGAGCUUGGGUGUGUGUUUCAGAUAACUUUGAUGUCAAAUUAAUAAUCGAGAAGAUUAUCGAGUCUUGUACUGGGAAGAAACCUAAGGACGUUGAAAUGGGUACAUUGAGGAAGAUUCUGCAUCAAACUAUUAAUGGGAAAAAGUGCUUGAUUGUGCUCGACGACGUGUGGAGUGAGGAUAGAGAGAAAUGGAGUCGUUUGAAGGGCUUGUUGAAGGGCAGUGCACACGGGAGCCGUGUUGUGAUAACCACACGAAUGUUGAAGGUUGCAAAGCUAGCUGCAACGAGGGGGAUAGAGCCAUAUGAACUGAAGGGUCUAGGCGAGAGCAUGUCGUGGUCGUUGUUCCGAGAAAUAGCAUAUGCAGGAGGGAAAGUGACAAGCCGGAGGCAUGAGUUUAUUGGAAGGGAGAUUGUGGAGAGGUGCAAGGGUGUUCCUUUGGCAAUCAAAACAGUUGCGGGUGCCUUGUUUUUCAAGGAGACUGAAUCCGAGUGGGUUGCAUUCAAUCACAAAGGAAUGUGGGAAAUGAAUGAGAAUGAGAAUGAUAUCAUGCCAACUCUAAAGCUGAGUUAUGAUCAUUUGCCCACACAUUUGAAGCAUUGUUUCGCCUACUGCAGUCUGUUCCCCAAGGAUUACAAAAUCAAUGUCAACACAUUAAUACACCUUUGGAUUGCACAAGGGUUUAUUCCGUCAACUGAUCCGUCUGAUCGAUUUGAUGUCGGUCUUGGAUAUUUUAAGGAUCUUCUUUGGGGGUCCUUUUUCCAGGAAACAAAAUAUGGUGGAAAAAGGGAUACAACUCACUGCAAGAUGCAUGAUCUAAUGCACGACCUUGCCGUGGCAGUUGCAGGGGAGGAGAGUGUCGUUUUGGCUGUUUCAAACUCACAAGAUCAACAGAGCUUUGAUUCGCGUUUGGGAGCAGCUCGACAUGUUUCAUUGGAUCUACUGGCAUGGGAGGAAUCCCACAUGGUUUUCUCUUCGGUUGCUGCUACAAAUCAACUACGGACACUGAUAUUCAUGAAUAAACCUUCUGGAAUGAAUAUUCCCUGGCCGAAUUCAUUUUCAAAUACAAGCUUGAGGGCGUUGGAUAUGAGUCGUUUUGGAAUGGUGAUGGUAUCAGAUACCAUUCACAAAUUGAAGCAUCUGAAAUAUUUUGAUUUGAGUCACAACAAGAGGAUAAAGGUGUUACCGGAGGAGAUCGCAGAGCUAGUAAAUUUGGAAGUUCUCAAACUAGAUUUUUGCUGGUCGCUUUUACGACUGCCAAAAGGCUUGGGAAAGUUGUCUUGUCUUUCCCAUCUUGGUGUUGAUUGGUGUACCUCUCUAGCAUACAUGCCAUGUGGGAUCGGGCAACUACGUUAUCUGAGAAAGAUGUCGUUGUUCCUGAUAGCAGCAGCAGCAGCCGCAGCAGCAGGAGAAGGUGAGAGUGUAUCGACUGAUCAAGCGGCCAGGGUUGGUGAAUUGCGCGAUUUAAACAAUCUAAGGGGAAGGCUGGUUAUAAAGAAUUUGGAGGAGGUGAAGGAGCCGUCAGAGGGCGAGUUGGCUAAUUUGAAAGACAAGCAACAUUUGAUGGAAUUGGGGUUGAUAUGGGGAGACCGUGCUGCUGCUGCUAUCAAUGCUGAAGCUCAAGGAAAGUUACUGGAAGCAUUACGUCCGCACCCCAAUUUGAAGAAUUUAGAGGUGGGGUAUAAUCAUGGGUUGGAAUGUCCGAGUUGGCUUCCCUCCUCUGUGACGAAUUUGGUGAAGAUUAAGAUCGAGGGUUGUCGAAAUUGGAAGAGCCUCCCGUCAUUGGAUCAACUACCUUUUCUUGCGAAACUGGAGCUUAACGACAUGCCGUCUCUGGAAUACAUAGAGUACUGCCCGGUGGCCCCGUCGUCGUCUUCCUCCUUCUUCCCUUCUCUCAAGUCGUUAAUCCUUAUGACAUGUCCUAAACUCGAGGGAUGGCGAACUGGGACGGCAGUGGAAGUGGGAGCAAUAGUGCUGCGGCCGCAGUUUCCUUGUGUCUCGGAAGUGCAGAUCUUUGGCUGCGGUAGCAUCGCUUCCCUUCCCUAUUUCUCUACAAAACUGCAGGCUCUGAGAUUGAAAGGUGGGAGCAAAGAGUUGUUGAAGCAAAUUUUGAGGAUGCCGCCCUCUUCCUCAUCGUCCCUUCCUCCUCCUUCGUCUUCCCUCUACAGUCUCACAAUCUACGGCGUACUGGAUCUUGAUACUCUGCCAGAGGAGACGCUCCCACGUCUUUCUUGUUCUCCCCUGAAAAGCCUAACCAUCAACGACUGUCCGGUGCUAAGGACUCUGUCUCCAACAACGCCACGUUACUUCACUUCUCUCGAAAUACUCGACAUCUCGAAUUGUGAGAAUUUGGACUUGUGUGAUGGUGAUGGCGAGAUGAUGCAGCUCCAGUGUGGUGUCCUCCUGCCACGACUUGUGGUGGUCAACUUGGCUAGAAUUCCGAAAUUGAGCCGCCUCCCGGAGUGGCUUCAACUUGCCCCGGAAUUGUUGGAAAUUCAGGUUAUUGAUUGCCCCAUCGCACUUCUGCCGGAGUGGAUGCCCAAAUUCGUACGGUUGUUGAGGCUGAAAAUAACUUCCUAUGCAAAAUCUGCUAGCCAAUGUGUGAAUGAAGACUGGCCCAAGAUUGCUCACACCCCAUUCAUCGAAAUCAACUAUGCAAUUGUCCAGAAGGAUGGCCAGCCCAUGCCAUUAGCAGUAACCGAGGAGCAGGCACCAGGACAAGAAGCUUUUGACCAAGAAGAAGAAGCUCAAGUAACAGAAGCUGCAGCAGGAGCAGCAGCAGCAACACCAACAGAAGAAGAAGAAGAAGAAACAUCCGGACUCUUACCAUUCUUUAUGAUGAAAUGUGGCAUAUUCGGGAGAUGCUUUCAGGUCUAAGUCGAGCUAGCUAGACCCCCCGCACAUAACACAAAAGCUGUGUCGUCCCUGCGCAAUGAAACGCCCCUCUGUACUUGAGACGGAAGCAGCAGCAGGUGAUGGUGCAAAGCGAAGAGCUCAUGAUGCAGGGGCUUCUCAUUAUUGUUUCUUUUGGUUCUGCGUGGGUUUGGUUCCUUUAUCCUUUCGCUGUCCGUCUUUCUAUUUGACCGCACCUCGUUUGUUUGGGUCCGACUUGGACUGGCCU